AUGUCUCCUGCAUUAGUAGCAACACCGGCAUCACCGCAGAGCAAGAUGAGCAUCACGAACGAACAUCCUGUUGAAAGCCAAUACCAAAAAGGAGUAAAACACCUGUAUGAAAUUGGCAUCAGGAGGGUUCCCCGCAAGUAUAUACUGCCAGUUUCGGAACGUCCAAAUCAGACACACUGGAAAACUCAUACGACCGAUGGCAGUCUUCAGCUUCCAGUCAUUGAUUUGUCAGGAUUGCACGGACCUAGACGUUCUCAAGUCGUUAGGUCUCUCGCCAGCGCUUGUGAAAAUUACGGGUUUUUCCAGGUUGUGAGUCACGGCCUUCCGAACGAGGUAAUCAGCAAUAUGAUGGACGUGACCAAGAGGUUCUUCGAGCUUCCUUCAGCAGAAAGAGAGAAAUAUAUGUCAGCAGAUAUGAGCAAGCCGGUUCGAUAUGGCACCAGCUUCAAUCAGCUAAAAGAUAGCGUCUUCUGUUGGAGGGAUUUCUUGAAAUUAGUCUGCAACCCUCUAGAAGAUGUCCUUUCUCACUGGCCUUCUUCUCCCAUGGACUUAAGGGGAUUGGCGGUUACCUACGCUAAAGAAACCAAAUUCUUAUAUCUGAUGAUAUUAGAAGCAAUUUUGGAGAGCCUCGGGCUAACAACCACGAAGAACACGACAGCUGAUACGGAUGACCAAAUCUUGAGUGAACUAAAAGAUGGAAGCCAGCAAAUGUUCCUCAAUUUUUACCCUCCGUGUCCGGAACCCGAUUUGACAUUUGGACUAAGAUCCCAUUCUGACUUUGGAAUCCUAACGCUUCUUCUCCAGGAUGAAGUUGCAGGGCUUCAAAUAAAGCAUCAAGGGAGAUGGCUCGCCGUUGAACCAAUCCCCGGCUCCUUCGUUGUCAAUGUUGGAGAUCAACUUGAGAUCUUCAGCAACGGCAGAUACAAGAGCGUACUGCAUAGAGUAGUUGUAAACUCCAGCAUGUCUCGAAUUUCAGUGGCUUCUCUUCAUAGUCUUCCAUCCCAAUCCGCGGUGCGCCCGGCGGAGAAGCUUAUAAAUCAAACAAAUCCAAGGCGUUACAGGGACACUGAUAUUGCUGCUUUUCUUCAUCACAUAAAAUCCUGCGACUACCAAGAGAAGGGUGUCCUGGAGUCCAGGAAAUUGACUUGAAUCAUCCAUCAGUCCAGGAAAUUAAAACUGAUGACGAGAUCGACUCUGUAUUUGACUUUUUGGGCCAUCAGUUAUUCAGAGACUGCUACUGUUUAGCUCGUGGAGUGGAGUACAUCUCUCGACAACCAGGGUUC